AUGGAACCGAAAGUCCACCCAUUCUUCGAGCCCAAGACUUGUUCUUGGCAGUAUGUUGUCGCCUGUCCUGAGAGAAAAGAGGCGGCCAUCAUCGACCCAGUCUUGAAUUAUGAUGCCGCGAACUUCCUCAUCACCACCGAAUCUGCGGACGAACUCAUCGAAUGUGUCCUAAAGAAUGGAUAUAGAGUCACCUUUCUGCUGGAGACACAUGCACACGGAGACCACCUCUCAGCGGCCUACUAUAUCCAACAAGCCCUCUGGUCCCGCGGGGAGCCUCAUGCACCGAUCUGCAUUGGCGAGAACGUCAGGGUCGUCCAAAGUCACUUCGCCAACAAAUAUUCAAUCCCUAGACAGGAAAUCGACAACGCCUUCGACCAUCUCUUCCAGCCUGAUGAGGUAUUCAACAUUGGUGACGUGACCAGCAUCGCCCUCCAUCUUCCAGGACAUACACCGGACCAUGGAGGCUACAAACUAGGGAACAACGUAUUCACGGGAGACAGUAUGUUCAAUCCAGAUGUUGGCAGUGGUCGAUGUGACUUCCCAGGUGGCGACGCGCGGGCCCUUUUCCGCUCGAUGAAACGUCUCCUUACUUUCCCACCGGAAACAAGAUUAUACACAGGACAUGAUUAUCCUCCUUCCAAUGAGUACACGGCGCGAUGCCCAUUGCCGUAUGUUACGGUUGAAGAGCAGGGUAACAAAAACAAGCACAUCAAGAAUGACUCGACAGAGGAGGACUUUGUGAAGUGGAGGACGCAGCGGGACAAGGAGAUGCCCGAGCCUAAGCUUGUUCACCAGGCUAUGCAGGUCAAUGUGCGUGGAGGCAGGAUGCCAAGAAAAUCGCACGAUGGAAAGGCAUAUCUGCUGUAUCUCAUCAAUGUCCCGAAGGCUUUGGUGACUGGGAAGUAA